AGGAAUCGAACACCUUCGUCGGUGUUGUUUCUUCAGUUUACAACAAAGUUUUUUCACUUCGGAGCUCAAAACUUCGUGUUUUCCAGAAAGCAUGGAUGCAGAAAAGUCGAGUAGCAGCUCCUUCGAGGAUCUGUCGAACCUUAACGAACAGGAGCGUGCUGAAUUGGCCUCCUCGGUGCCUGAAGCAACCCAAAGCAAACCAGCAAAGGAACAAUCGCAGGAACAACGACCAGAACUCGAAGAUUCGGAUAAGGGGGCUAACGAUCCGGAGACAUCGGAGAGUGAGCCGGAAUAUAUGGACAUUCUGGGCAACGGAACGCUGCUCAAAAAGGUGCUUACAAAAGGACGGUCGGAGCAUAGGCCCGAAAGCAAGGAUAUUGUGGUCAUUACCUACAGCGGACGCCUGGAGGAUGGAACGGUCGUUGAGGAACAAACCAACUUUGUGGUGCAAGUUGACGACGUGGAGGUAGUGCAGGGCUUAGAUAUGGCGCUGAAGCUAAUGAACGAGGGAGAAGUCGCCGAAGUCAUCGUGAAUGCACGCUUUGGGUACGGUGAGCUCGGAGUUAAAGAUCCCACCGAGCAUGAUCCGGUCCAGAAAACCGUGCCGCCCAACGCAACCAUCACCUAUACGGUUGAGUUGCUAUCAAUAAAGGAAGAGGGCGAUGUGGAAACAAGGUCCUAUGCUUCCCGAAAGGAGAUUGGCAACAAGAAACGAUUACGUGGUAAUUUCUGGAUGAAGCGUCAGGAGUACAAUCUGGCCAUUCAGAGCUAUCGGCGAUCGCUGGAGUAUCUGGAUGACACGGUCAGUGCGGGCGGUAUGAUGGAGUCCGGACCAGGCACAGUCGAGCUCUCCCCAACGGAACUGCAAGAUUUGCUCGAGGAUCGGAUGAAAGUGUACAAUAACCUCGCACUAGCUCAGCUUAAAAUAUCGGCUUAUGACGCCGCCCUUAAAUCCGUCGAUCACGUGCUGAAAUGCCAACCAACAAAUGCGAAAGCUUUGUAUCGCAAGGGCAAGGUUUUGGAUGCCAAAGGCGAUACAAAGGGUGCUAUCACUCUGCUUCAGAAAGCCGCCACUCUCGACGUUGACGAUAAGCUAAUACAGUCGGAAUUAUCAAAACUGAUCCUAAAAUCCAAACGUGAGGCUCGAAACGAAAAAGACCUGUACCAGAAAAUGUUGGGCCAGGCACAGAAACUGGAGCAAAAAACGAAGACAGCCCCGGUAACGCAAAACACAGAAUCAUCCAAGCUUAAAAUGUGGGGCUACCUGGUGGGCACGAUUUUGUUCGGCGUCGCCGGCGUGGCCAUCUAUCGAUACAAUAAUCCCUAAACGCGAAACCUUUGGUCAGCAAUCUGGGUCGCUUAAUUUUUUUUUUCUAACGACACAUACUCCGUUCAAGUAAUGAAUGAAACAAUCGAAUUAAAUCGGCGCGAAAAGAAUACGAGCAAACAAGAACACAGCGCAGCAAUGGUAGGAAAAUAUGGUUUAUUGGUGAAACGUGAAACGGUACCGAAACUGCCGGAACACAAAUAUGUACGAAUAGGAAAUGCGGUGAGGGUUACGAUACCUUAGCCACGAGGUAUAUAUCUUUAAUUUAUCUAUGUGUGUUUAUGUAUCAGAGGAUCGAUCUUGUGUUAGGUUUCUUUGAGAUUGUUUGCAAUUAGCUAAUAGUAUCGCUUUUUAUGUUUGAUAAUUACCAUUUUCAAUAUGUGAAUUGUCUAGAAAGAAGUUCACAAAUCGUAUUUUUGAAGGAAAAGAAAAGACAAUGCCAGAUUCACCUUGCGUUUUUCUACAGAAGGCAGAAUUCCCUGGCAAUGCUUCCCUAAGAACUUUUAUGAAGAAUAAUUUGGCGGUGCCCAUUUCGGUGCAUUUGAGUAACAACUCAUCAUUCCGUUCGAUGUAUGCAGUGCAUUUUGAAAUACCCGGUGGAAGGAGGGUGUACGAAAAGAAGAUAUUUGUUAUCAGACUGGCGAUGGAGGUUAACCGCAUCACAUCCCCUCAAAUAUUGAUACCCGUAGCUUAAAUAAGUCAUAUGAUGGUUUUUUGUCAUUUGUUUGGUUUUUUCGUUAUUUACGUCCGCGUAGGAAAAGAGUGAAAGCAUUUUAAGAUGAACGUCUUUUACGCUAAAUAAACGUUAUUUUAUGUAUAUAUCAAAAUAUAUUAUUCAACCUUCAUA